AUGUUAAACCUACGACCAUCCUGCGCUUUUAUUCAGCGCAUAUGUGCCCAACAAGUUCGUGGCAUGAAAAAGUAUCAAUUUCCCGUAACAUAUGAAAACGUUCGUUUUCCACCAAAUGGGCAAAGAAAACUUCCUGUUAUGCCAUCUGAACCUUUUUAUGAUGCGGAAAAGGGUGAAAAGAAGUAUAAAUCUACAAAAAGAAUGAUUGAAGCGAGAGGAGUGGAAGAAAUUCACACCGAGUUGAUUCAUGAGCAAUAUGGACUUGCUGCAGUAUCUGGUGGUUUUAUCAGUAGCGAUGAUUUUAAAUUUUUACAAGAUCGCAUAAAUAAGAAUUUAAUUGAUAACCAGUUUGCAAUUUGGAGAGUUGAUCCUCCAUGGCUUCCAAGAACAAAAAAAGCUCAAGGAACGCGACUUGGAGGUGGAAAAGGAUCAAUUCAGAAGUAUGUGACUCCGGUUCGCGCGAACAGGAUCAUUCUGGAAGUCGGAGGGUAUAUCACAGAGAUCGAAGCCAAAGCAUUCUUGUUAUACUUGUGCGAGCGAUUCUCAUUUCCCGUUGAAUUCGUCAGCGAAAAAAUGCUUGCCGAACGACGAAACAGUCCGAUGGCCUUAGGAGAGGAUGACAUUCUCUCAAUACCAUUCAAAUAUUUUGUCUUCUGUAUCGGAGGUCUUCCGGCUUCUGCUUUGCUCAUUUGUGUAUUCCUUGCGCUGACACUUCAUUUCGAGCAAUCGACAUCGACACAUUGUAUGGUUGACAAUUGGCUUCCAUCAAUAUCCGCCGCUGUCUCGACGUAUGCGCCGGAAAAGUAUAUUUGGAGGAUUUUAAUUGGUUUACACAUUGGACCGCGAUUUGCUGUUUCCGCCGCAUUUAGGAAUUAUUUGCUCAGUUCCCCGCUUCGACCUUUAACUGGAUCAUAUCGAUUCCGACAUCUCUGCAAUUUCGCUUGUUUUCUGAAUAUUUUCGAAAAUUUCUUUCUUCUAGCUUUAACUUCGAUUUCAUCAAGUGAAGAUCAUGGAAUGCACGCAAAAUGUUUCGGAGGCUUUGCGAUUUGUUCGAUUCUUUAUAUGGUAUUGAGUACAAUUCUGUUCGAUCAAUCUGGAAGAAGACGAGCGACUAAUUUGGGCGAACGAUCAUAUGAAUAUAAGAUAUUAGGAGCGGCAGUGUUCAUAUUCUGUUUCGUAAUGGGCGCAUAUUUAUAUUGGAGGCAUAAUACGUACUGUGAGCCGGGAAUUUAUACAUUAUUCGCACUUGUUGAAUACUCGGCGGUUCUCUCGAACAUCUUCUUCCAUUGUACAUUAUAUUUCGAUUUCCACGGCAAAAGCAUCGCACUGACAUCGCUUUCAUUUGGCGGCGGGCAUUAUUCGAUAUUGCCGACGCAAAUUGAAAAAGACACAUAA